AUGAAAACAUCCGCCAGGUGGACAGCUGACUGCACGUCUUUUAUUUGAGUGAUUUGAGACAUUUCCAGACAAAUAUGAUUAAAGCUAUUUUAAUAUUUAACAACCAUGGGAAACCACGACUCAUCAGAUUUUAUGAAUAUUUUGCUGAAGAUGUGCAGCAGCAGAUCAUUCGAGAGACUUUCCAUCUGGUGUCGAAGAGGGACGACAACGUCUGCAACUUCUUGGAGGGGGGAAGUUUGAUCGGUGGCUCGGACUACAAGUUGAUCUACCGACACUACGCAACACUGUACUUUGUGUUCUGUGUGGACUCCUCUGAGAGUGAGCUCGGUAUUCUGGAUCUAAUACAGGUGUUCGUGGAAACUCUGGACAAAUGCUUUGAGAACGUCUGUGAACUGGACCUAAUUUUCCACAUGGAUAAGGUCCACUUCAUCCUUCAGGAGGUGGUGAUGGGGGGGAUGGUGCUGGAGACCAACAUGAAUGAGAUCGUGGGCCAGGUAGAGCUGCAGAACCGCAUGGAGAAAUCAGAGGGGGGCUUCUCGGCGGCUCCGGCUCGGGCCGUCUCCGCGGUCAAGAACAUGAACCUCCCAGAAAUGCCUCGUAACAUCAACAUCGGAGACAUCAAUAUCAAAGUGCCCAGCCUCUCCCCCUUCUGACCAGGGAGCGGAGCAGGGGCUAGGCCCAAACCGCACCCUAUUCCCUUUAUAGUGCACUACUUUUAACCAGAGUCCUAUGUGGGCUUCUGCCCUUCAGGUCUAAAGUAGUGCACUACACUAUAUAUCAGUGCACUAUAAGAUGUGAGACACUCUAUAUGACCUAUACAUAGGGAAUAGGGUGUAUAUGUAGUGCACUAUAUAGGGAAUAGGGUGUAUAGGUAGUGCACUAUAUAGGGAAUAGGGUGUAUAGGUAGUGCACUA